ACAAGUUCACCAAAUUAUUAGGAAACACAUGCGGGUACCACAUGCUCACGUUUAUUGUGAGAGAUUGUAGCUGUGAUGCCUAUUUUGCUCACCAAUAGGAUUGAAUUAUGAAUUGCACCUAUAUAUAGAGAUUGAAGAAAUUGGUGAGAGCAUAAAAACAUUGAGCUUGAGUUUCCUUUGUAACAAAAAGAGUAACCAUGGCAAACAAGUUCCAUGUCCGCUCAAACAGUUUCCCUUGUGGAUCUCAUCCUACCACCACUAAUGUAGAGGAAGAGCUGAACAAGCUCAAAACUUGGGAAGCCACAUCCACAUCCACAUCAAACUCCAUUGCCACCGGCUUGUCCUUGCUUCAAGAUUUACAUAUUUGCUUGGAAGAUCUUCUCAAUUUGGAAUCAACCCAAAAGCUGAUUUCCAACCAUCAAGGUGAGAAAUGCGUGGAAGAGCUUCUGGAUGGUUCAGUGAAAGUUUUGGAUGUAUGUGGCAUCACAAGGGACACCAUGUUUCAAAUUAAGGAAAAUGUUCAAUCCCUUCAUUCUUCUCUUAGAAGAAGAAAAGGGGACUCAAGCAUCGAAAGAAUCAUAGCCGAAUAUAAUUUCUUCUCAAAGAAGAUGAAGAAGAAUGCCAAGAAGAUGAUCACAACUUUGAAGCAGAUGGAGACCAAAUUUGGGGUAUCCCCACUCUUAAAUCAAGACCAACAACUCGCUGCUUUGGUUAGAGUGCUUAGGGAAGUCAUUGUAAUGAACAUCUCUAUCUACCGAUCUCUGCUAGCUUUCUUGGCCGUGCCUGCUUCAAAGUCAAUGGCUACCAAAUGGUCACUAGUAGCAAAAUUGAUGCACAAGGGAGUGAUAUCAUGCCAAGAGAACCAAGAGAAUUCCAAUGAGUUGAAGAGUGUGGAAGCAUCUUUAAGCCACCUACAAAGUGAAGGUAGUAACGUUGCAAAGAUGCAGGUUGCACAUGAAAGAUUGGAAGCAUUGGAGAAUGCCAUUCAAAGAAUAGAAAAUGGAUUGGAGAGUGUAUUCAGGUGCAUGGUUAAAACGAGAGCCUGCCUUCUGAACAUCAUGACUCAAUAGAAAUUAUUAGUCAUGGUUUUCUAUCCAAAUCCUUCAGAGCAUCCAAAAUUUAGGGAUCUGCUGUGGAUUGGAAAAUUUUGACCCAUCAAUUUGUACAUUAUACAAUUCAAUAG